CGACCGAGUCUCAGGUGUGCUCCGCUGAUGGAGCUCGCGCUUCAGACGCCUGGCAGCAGGCUGUGAGUGGGCGAUCAGAGAGACUUUCUUUGGUAAUUGUUGGUAAUGAGAAGGAGCAGCCCCUCUGCCAGCUGGCGGGUCUCCAGAUGUGUGUGGCUGCUGAUUGGAGGAGGCUGUACUGGUGGGUGGUCCUCCAGUGGGUAGUGGCUUUAUCAGCGCCCUGCGCGAAGCGCUGCGACUGUUUGCCAAAGCUUCUGAUAGCGAACUGUUCAUCAAGACAACUGUCUUCCGUUCCCACGGGCGUUCCUGACAACACCCAGAUGCUUAACUUGACCGGUAACCACUUAAAGACUCUGUCCAGGCGGCAGUUCUCCGGCCUGACACAGUUACGCGAGCUGGACCUCAGCGAUAACGAGCUGACAGGGAUCGAGGUCGAAGCCUUCGCCGGCCUGCAGAAACUCCUCGCACUCAGAUUAUCCAACAACCGGCUGAAGAUCAUCCCGGUCGGAGCCUUUUCCGGCCUCCCCAACAUUCAGUUUCUGGACAUCAGCCAGAAUGAGAUCUUGGUGUUCCUGGACGACAUGUUCCGCGAGAUGCCGAGUCUCCAGAAGCUGGAGGCCAGCGAGAACGACCUGGUGUUCAUCUCCAGCCGCGCCUUCAGUGGCCUGGCCAACCUGCAGGAGCUGAACCUCGACCGGUGCAACCUGACGUCGGUGCCGAUCGAAGCCCUGUCGCAGCUCACCGGACUCAUGCAGCUGCGCUUCCGCAGACUCGGACUCACGACGCUUCCCAACAACUCGUUCCGCCAGCUGGGACGCUUGCGGGAUCUGCAGGUGACUCACUGUCCUUGGUUGGACUCGUUGGCCGCCAACAGUCUGUUCGGACUCAAUCUCACAUCGUUGACGCUGAGCCACUGCAACCUGAGCACCGUACCGUAUUCCCCGCUGCAUCACCUCGUCUACUUGCGAUACCUGGACUUGUCCUACAACCCAAUCACCGCCAUCCUUUCCAACAUCCUUGGGGAUUUGCUACGACUCCAAGAGCUGCAUCUAGUCGGUGCUGGGCUCCUACGAAUAGAGCCUGGCGCUUUCCGCAACCUCGCAUUUUUCCGGCUCCUCAACGUGUCGGAGAACCGCCUGGCGACCCUGGAGGUGUCGGCCUUCCACUCGGUCGCUGCUUUAGAGGUCCUUCGGUUGGACGGGAACCCGUUGGCGUGCGAUUGCCGGCUUCUCUGGGUGAUGCGCAGACGCCCGUGGUUUCGCUCCGAAGGGCGCUCGCCAGCUUGUGUCACACCUGUGCAGGUGCAAGGCAGGACUUUCGGUGACUUUACGGAGGCUGAGAUUCCCAGGGUGUUCACCUGCCGGCAGGCUCGCAUCCUUACUCGUAAACCGCAAGACGUUCGGACGGACGAAGGCCAUACGGUGUUGUUCUUCUGCGCGGCCGACGGAGACCCGGCGCCGUCGAUUAUUUGGCUGAAUCCCAAACGCUCGGUGCUCACCGGCUCGGGCCGGAUUCGCACGCUCGCCAACGGGACACUCGAGGUGCGUUACGCGCAGGUACAGGAUAGUGGGUACUAUCUGUGCAUCGCUUCGAAUGCCGCGGGGAACGACAGCAUCUCGGUGAGCCUGCGGGUGCGAGGGUUUCCGGCGUCCGCUCGCAACCGCUCCGGAUCGUUCUUUCUGGAAGGCUGGAGCUUCGCGUCCGGGCAAGCAGCGGUCAACGGAUCGCAGCCGUUUCCGUUCGACGUGAAGACGCUGGUGAUCGCGGUUACCAUGGGGUUCCUGUCGUUCCUGAGCUCGGUGGCCGUCUGUUUCAUCUUCAUGUUUUUCUGGAGUCAGAGCAAAGGGCAGAUCAAACACACGGCAACUAUCAACUUCGUGCCGCGCAGCGCUGCGACGGCGUCUGGAGGCGGACGCACGACUAUGGAGACGGGCAGGUUCACCAUGAUGAAGAUGAUCUGAAAACUACAAGCAUGCGAUGUUUGAGGUGCUACUAGAUAUCCAGAGUUUUCCCAUAAGCUUCAGCAUGAGGGUAAGAUGUAUGAAACUUGUCUGAAUGUUGGUCACUGCACAAUAUUGCUUUUUGUCUUGUUUCCCAGUACAAACAU